AUUCUUUGCUGCUUAUGGCAACCCGCGCCAACGCCCGCUCUGGGAAAGGCUAGCCGUUGCCCCUCCCCCUUUCUUCCUGAUCCCUCAACGUUCGAGUUCAAAAUCCCCACUUUAUAGUUCCUCCGCCUUCUCCCUCUUUUUGAUCCUCAUCUGUGCGCGAUCGAUCGAGUUCUUACGAAAUCACAGUCAUGGCGACUCCCGCAAGGAGAUCCCCAGCCCCUAGAUGCCAAGCCGCGGGGUUACGGAAGCUCUCGGAGAACGUAGACCCCAAUUUCCUUAUCUCGACUCCGCGGCGGAGGCCGCCGUCUAAGCCUCCCGCAGCGAAUCCGGAUAAGCGUAUUGAGUUGAGUCCCAAAAGUUCUGCCUUUGUCACUCCGAAAAAGAAGAGCUUUUUGACUCCGCACAAGCCUUUGGAGCCCAAGAAGUGCCCCGAGGAAGGGGGAAGAAGAAGAAAUGCGGAGAGGAGCACCGAUCGCGAUGUGGAGGAGAAGGGUUCGGAAGGGAGUUCGAAGGUGAACGCGAUGAGGCGAUUGAUACUGGAGGAGGCCAUGAGCAGUUUACCGGCGCACGGGGCAGGGCGGGUUAUGUACCUGGUGAAGACUUUUGAGAGGCUUCUGUCGAUUCACAGGGAGGCCAAAGGGAGGAGAGGAGGAAGGGAAGACACGAUAAAGGUGAAGAAUUGGGCAUUACCCGGCAUGGAUUUUCGCCCCAAGGUCAAGGCCAGUGGAUUCUUCCUCUCGCCAGUUCCGUGUUUGGAAGAAUGCCUAACUGGAGAUUACCCAGAAGGAGGUUCUGACGAGGAUAGCAGAUUGAGCAGUAGAAGCAAUCAAUCUGGCGAAGGGAAAAGGAACGUGCGAGAUGUAUGAGAAUACAAAUACAUACAAGACUAGUCACUAGUUAUUCUACAAAUUCUACACCGUUUCUUUCCUUUGCUUUCUUCCAUAUGAAUCUUAAUACAUUUCUCCCGAAUUAUCAAUAUUCACAUCAUGCAAUUGUUUAAUUUCUCAAUGAAUGCUGCAAUGAGCUAAAAAUUAUUUUCUCCUAAUAUCCAUCUUUAUAUUCUAGAGCAAUGGUUCGUCAAGAAGAAGCAGGAAUAAAAGACUAAAAGUGAAAAGCCAGCUGCCGUUCAAAUUGAGGACGGAGAUAUCAUAAAACUAAUGCUUUGGUUCUUUUCCUUCAUUGAUAAGGCUCGGCAUCAUUAAAAAAAAAAAAUGCUUUUGUGACUUCCCAACUGGAUGAAGCAUAACUGAGUUCAUUGGCAAUUAGCAAAGAGGAAGGUACAAGGAAGAACAAUUUAUCAAGAAAGUGAAGGAAAUGCUUAUGGAAGUGGAGAAACAACGCAUACCUAUUGCACAAGGGCUCCCCUGGACUAGGAAGAACCUGAGUCAAAUUUAAAGCUGACCAAGUUAUCAUGUAUGUUAGAUUCCAGCAAAGCCUCCUACAAAGGAACCAACAGAGCCACUUGAUGUUGUCCUCCACAGCCCUGAAGCUGACCAAGUUUUUUAACAUUAUUUCUUACCAAUUAAAUUUAUUCGCUGAUAAACAUAUUCUAUGUAGCUUCAAGAAAAAGAAGAAAUAAGACAUCUUCGAAAAAAAAAAACUUGUACCAAAAGCUCAGCCCAUGCCUUACUUUGAUCGUUCCUCGUCUCCAAUAAGUAAGCGUCUAGUAC